AUGGAGCUUGACAAGAACUGUUCUGUUCAUCCUAUCGAACUAUGUGUCUACUCGAUGCUUUCGUCUGACUUGGAUGGUUUAUACCAGACUAUUAAUGAGUUGAGAAAUUCGCAGGUUUUGUUGAUAUUGUUUAUAAAAAAGUGUAGGGACUCGUUGAAAAGGGAAAACGACGUUCUGUAUUCUGCUAAGGAUUUAGAAGAGUCAAUUAUCAAAUUGAAGAACUUGACGAAGAGGAUCGAAUCCUUGAGAGGGAAGUAUAAUAAGUUGAAAGAGAAAACUGACACGCUCACCAAGACUAUUGCCUCUUAG